AUGACUACUGUGGUAAAAACUGUUGAAGCUGUGAACGAAAGUAAUUUACGUGCACGAAAAAAGAACAUCAACACUCCUUAUACAAUUGAAGAAGUUGCAAAGCACAACACCGAGAACGAUUUAUGGAUAAUUAUUAAUAAUAAGGUGUACGACGUAACUAAAUGGAUCCCUUACCAUCCAGGAGGCAAUCUACCCAUCCUGAAUUUAGGUGGACAUGACGUUACUGACGCAUUUCGAGGAUUUCAUCCUGAUUGGGCGUUUAAAAAGUUAUCUGCUUUUCAAGUUGGUAUCUUGACCGGCUACGAACCUAACCAAGUUGUCAAAGAUUAUCGAGCCCUUGAUGAAAAGCUACGCCGUGAAGGUUACUAUAAGACACAUUAUAUGUUUUACGCUAAAUUAUAUCUGUGGUUGUCAUUUCUAUUUUGCCUAUCGAUGUACUUAACGAUAUACACCACUGAGUUGAAAUGGCAAAUGCUUGGGGCUUUAGUAUUGGGAAUGUUCUGGCAACAGCUUGCAUUCGUUGGCCAUGAUACUGGACAUAUUAGCAUCUCUCAUAACAGAGACAUUGACGGCUGGAUAGGAUCAACUGUAGGCAAUUUCUUUGGUGGUGUCAGUUUAGCGUGGUGGAAACGUACUCACAACGUUCAUCAUGUAGUACCCAAUUCUGUCCAACAUGAUCCUGAUAUUCAACAUUUACCUAUAUUUGCUGUAACUGAUAAAGUUAUUCCUGAUGGUGUAUUCUCCAAUUAUCAUAAAAAGCAAAUGACCUUUGAUAGUUUUGCAAAAUUUAUGGUUUCCAAUCAACAUAUUUUCUAUUAUCCUGUCAUGGCUGUUGCUAGAUUUAACUUAUACUUGCAAUCGAUAUUACUACUUUUCAGUAAUGUUGAUGUACAAUGCAGAAAAGCCGAAAUAGUCAGUGUUGGCUUAUUUUGGUGCUGGUAUAUUAAAGUAUUAGGUUUUCUGCCUAGUACUUCAGCUAUGAUAGCCUACGUACUAAUUAGUCAUGUAGUAGCUGGCUUAGUUCAUGUUCAAAUUUGUUUGUCUCACUUUCCUAUGGAAACUUACGAUGGUGUUCCUUACAACUCAGAUGAUGAAUGCUAUUGCAUCACACAGUUGAAAACAACUCUAAACGUUGACUGUCCAGAAUGGUUGGAUUGGUUUCAUGGGGGCUUGCAAUUCCAAGUUGAACAUCAUCUUUUCCCCAGGCUUCCAAGACAUAAUUUAAGACACGCUCGUAAACUGGUGAAAGAACUAUGCAAGAAACAUAAUUUGCCAUACUAUGAAUAUGGAUUUGUUGAAGCUAAUAGACUUUUAUUACUCACCUUAAAGAAUGCAGCAGAAGUAGCUAAAAAGGCAAAGGAAGUUAAAUUUUCUUUAAAAAAUUCAAUCAUUGGUGACCUUUUAUAUGCUAGAGGUUAAUUGGUGAUUUAUUUGCGUGUUCCCCAUUGUAAAGAGUUUAUAUAUCAUUAAAUAUACUUAAAUUGUGAUGCUUGUUGGGAAAUUUUCUAUUAUAAGCUAUAGCGAAAAUUCAACAAAUGUUUGAGCAUAACUUUGAACAUCACAUUCUUG